AUGGAAGAGGAGAUCAGAAACAUAGAGGAAAACGAUGGAAUCAGGCUUACCUGGAACGUAUGGCCUGCAAAGGGAGAUGCCACUACAAAGAUUCCACUGGCGUGUCUGUAUAACAUCCACCAGACGGCAGAUGUCCUGGAGUGUGAACCGAUAUACUGCAUGAGCUGCAACAGUGUUUUGAAUCCACACUGCAACAUUGACUUUGGGAGGCAGAGCUGGAAUUGUGUGAUAUGCAACAACAACACAACCCUCCCAAGCCAUGCACGAGGAAUAACGCCGGACAAUCUUCUGCCCGAGUUACUGCCGCAGAACUCGACGGUCGAGUAUGUCCUGAGCAGAGAAAGUGUUUUUCCUGUAGUGUUCUUCCUUAUUGUUGACAUAUGCACGUUUGACGGGGAGAGACACACACUUCUCAAGGACACGCUCAAGGUGGUUCUAGAAAAGAUACCGGAGGAUGCAUUGGUUGGAUUUGUCAAGUACGGAACGAAUAUCGAGCUUCUGGAGCUGAAUGCAGAGCAGCCACGAAGGACGCAUCUGUUUUCUGGAAGGAAAGAAUACACGGCGGAGAUUCUCAAGUCCUUGGGUGGGGCCUCGAAGUCAGAGUCACAGAUUGUGGGAAGGUUUCUUCGGAGAAAGGACGAGUGCCAGGAGCUCCUGUACAACAUGGUGGAAAGCCUUGAAAGAGAUCCUUUCCCUGUUCUCCCAGCAUACAAGCCUGUGCGGUGCACGGGCUCGGCAGUGUCGCUGGCAAUCUCACUGUUGGAAACGAGCUUUCCAGACAUGGCUGUGAAGUAUCUCCUGUUCACGCAAGGGCCCUGCACGUUUGGGCCUGGGACAGUGACGCCCAUAAAGUUUAAGGAGAAGGGUAGGAACGAGCAUCUCGAGGAAAACGAUCCCAUGUAUGCCGGGCCGGCCAGGAAGUUUUAUACGGGGCUUGCCGAGAGGAUGAACAGUGUGGGGCAUAGCCUCGACAUCCUCGCAGCCACGAUUGUUGAUGUUGGGAUAUGCCAUAUGGAGCGCCUGACCGGGAUGACGGGAGGGAUGCUUAUAAUGGCACAAGACUUUGACAGAGACAUCUACAUCUCGUCCUGCAGCAAGAUAUUGGAUAGAAGCUCUGAGGGAUGUUUGGUGCAAGGGUUCAAUGCAAAGAUGCAUGUCAAGACAAGUAAGAACCUGGAGUAUAAAGGUGUCAUUGGGCAGGGGAGAUCCUUUGGGGGAAGUUGGAGGAUGGGAUCGAUGUUCCCGUCCACCAACAUCUCCCUUCUUUUUGAUAAGAAGCCCGAUGCAAAGCACGGAGAGUUUGGAUAUGUCCAGCUGAUUACACAGUACCAGAGAAGUGACAAAAGGCUCCUUGUCAAGGUUACGACGUUUGCCAGGAUGUUUACAGACUCGAGAGAAGACGUGAUCUAUGGGUUUGACCAGGAGGCCGUUGCAGUUUUCCAAGCAAGGUUUCUCCUUCUGAAGAAGUAUGAGGAGAUUAAAGACUGCGAGAGAAUGAUUGAUAAGAACCUCAUCAGGUUUACAAAGACAUUUGCGAGAUAUGACAAGGGCGAGCCGUCCUCACUGGCUCUUCCAGACUCGAUGGCAUACUAUCCGAACUAUAUGUUUUUCUUCAGAAGAAGCCUUCUGGUGCAGACAGGAAACAACUCCCCGGACGAGACAACAUACUACUCCACACUCCUGUACAACCAGAGGGUAUCGGAUGCACUGAAGCUUAUCAAGCCCACCCUUAUUUCAUAUCACUACCAGGGAGGGGUUGAGGCGGUGGAGGUGGACUCGAAGUCUCUGGAACCUGAUGUGAUUCUUGUGCUGGACACAUUCCACAAUGUUGUGGUGUGGAGGGGAGAGUAUGUCGCUCAGUGGGUUAGAGAAGGAUACCAUGAGCAAGCGGAGUAUGAGUUCCUCAAGGACAUAUUAAAAAGCAGCGAGGAAAGAGCCAGGCUGUUGUGCAACGAAAGACUUCCGACGCCCCAGUUCUGCAUUACGGAGCAGAACAAGUCGCAGCAGAGGAUUCUCCACCACUAUGUCAAUCCUAGCGGCGGAGGCUCGAUAAUCACGGAGAACAUCAACUACGAGAAGUUUGAGGAGGCGCUGCGCAGAGUUGUUGUUUUCAACAGCGAAUAA